AUGAAACACAAAAUUUAUUUAUUUUUUUUUUUAACAUUAUUAAAAUAUGCAUUAUCUUUGAGAUUAAAUAACACUUUAUCAAAAAAAAAUAAUUUUGUAGCUGAAAAAUACUUCAGAAAAGAAAAUGAUAAUGAAAAUUUGAAGUUUCAGAUUAUAGAUGAUCUUGAAAAAAUAAAUGAAGAAUUUAGCAAUGAUGUAAAUACUGCAAAAAUUUUUGUAAGAGAUACUUUUCUUGAUACAGAAGCUUCAUUUAAAGAGAUAUCGGAUGAUGUUGUAAAAAUCAUUUCAAAAUAUAGCUUUUCUAUUGAUGAAAAACUAAAUGUUUUAAAUGGGUUACUUCAAGAAUUUAUAGAAAAUAACAAAAGUUCCAUUUUCAAUUCGUCAGAUGAGAAUAUGAUCAGUCAUAAAAAUAAAAUUAAAGAAGUAUCCGAUUCUAUUUUAUGUAAAUUGAAAAAAUUAAUAGAAUUAAAUAUAUUCAAUAAAUAUCACGCAAUUUUAAAAUUUGGAAAUCAAAAUAUAAAAAAUGAAACAUUAGAAGCACUGAGGAUUGAAAGAAAACUUUCUGAUAAAUUAAAAAAAGAGUUACUAAAAUAUAAAACGUUAGAAAAUGAAGAUAUAAAAGAAUCAGAGUCAACUAAUUUUUUAAAAUCUGUUUAUAACAAAUUUAUUGUUAAGCUAGAUGAGAUCAUUAAUGAAAUGAGCAAAGAAUUAAGUCAUAUAUUAUUAUAA